AUGGCCUCAGAAUUGUCCCCGAGGCAACCUGGCCUCAGAAUUGUCCCCGGGGCAACCAGGCCUCAGAAUUGUCCCCGAGGCAACCAGGCUUCAGAAUUGUCCCUGAGGCAACCUGGCUUCAGAAUUGUCCUUAGUGUGGCCCCAGCAGGACCGUUUGUGGAGUGUGGAGAAACACAGAAACAGACAAGAAGAAGGCUAGGGGAAAGGGUGGAGGAGGAGGAAGGAGGACUGGGCCCAGAGUGUCAUACUGACCGACCAGAGAGCUGGGCCUAUGGUAGGACCUACACUCUUAGAAAAAAGGGUUCCAAAAUGGUUCUUCGGCUGUCCCCAUAGGAUAACCAUUUUUGGUUCCAGGCAGAACCCUUUUGGGCUCCUGGAACCAAAAAUAGUUAUUCAAAGGGUUCUCCUAUGGGGACAGCCAAAUAUCCCUUUUAGCUUCUAGAUAGCCAGGUACAAUCAGAACUACAGGAGGACUGGGCCUAUAGUAGGACCUAGCCAGGUACAAUCAGAACUACAGGAGGACUGGGCCUAUAGUAGGACCUAGCCAGGUACAAUCAGGACUACAGGAGGACUGGGCCUAUAGUAGGACCUAGCCAGGUACAAUCAGAACUACAGGAGGACUGGGCCUAUAGUAGGACCUAGCCAGGUACAAUCAGAACUACAGGAGGACUGGGCCUAUAGUAGGACCUAGCCAGGUACAAUCAGAACUACAGGAGGACUGGGCCUAUAGUAGGACCUAGCCAGGUACAAUCAGGACUAUGGGGCCCGGUCAAAAGUAGUGUACUAUAUAGGAAAUAGAGUGCUAUUUAGGACACAUCUCCAGCAUCGGGAUGCAGACGCCGCUUUGGUCGUGCGUCUUGUAGUAUGAGCAGUGCUACGACAUGAUUUGGCAAGGACUACUGACAAUAGCCAAUGAGCACUCAGCAUGUGAGAACAAACAAUGAUGGCGAAGAGGGAAGGCAUCAACACGCACCGUGUGGACCGAGGUGAUGGAAGACAGAUCUGUGGAGAGAACACCGCUGCCUUUUCAAUAUUACCUGUGCGUCCUACAACGACAGGAACCAAAAAGAUGGAAUGAACUAGCCUCUGCCCUAAAGCAAUGUAUUAACAUAGAAUAGAAAGUCCAUAUUGCCCACGUCCCCAACCAUUUCAUAUUCAUCAUUUGUAAUGUUUCGCCACAUGAGGAGUCGCUCUAGUAAACCAGCUCGCUCUUUACGUGUCGUCUAUUAUUUUUCCUAUGACGAGCGGGAAACGCAGGAUCAACCAGGAAAUCGUCGUGUAACGUCAGCACCCACGUCCUAGGGUUGAGGAUGGGGACCGAAUGAAAGAUUUGGGACAAGGAAAUCGGGAAAUGUGAGCACGCCCAAGUUCUUCAGAUUUUAGAAGCCGUGUAGUGCAGGGUUCUUCAAUUCCGGUCCUGGAGGGCCGAAACACCUCUGUUUUUCAUCCUCUCCUUCUAAUCAGGGGCUAAUUCAGACCUGGGACACCAGGUGAGUGCAAUUAACUACCAGGUAGAAAUGAAAAACAGAAGUGUUUCGGCCCUCCAGGACCGGAAUUGAAGAACCCUGGUGUAGUGUAUACUCAGCUAUACCCUAGGUACAGUGUAACCAUGAGUAAUUACAAUACUAAACUGCACAGGAAUAAUUACACAGUGACAAGAGCACAGUGGUAUCAGGUGUGACCUAAUGUGUCUCUAUACAGGUCAUUUAGUGUUAUUCAAUAUGUUUGUUCUGUAAAUCACGACACAGACAAUACCCCCUCUACCUGAACCACAAUACGACUGAAUUGAAUGUAACACUUACAGUAUAUAUGCACUUACAUCUCUAUGGGCGAUACUCUAGUCUACCAGAUCCACAAUGGCGCCACUCAUAGUUGGAGUUUCACACUCGAGGGUGACUGUGAACGUCAUUACAGCUGCUCCUACUGCUCUGUGUGUGUGAGUGUGUGUAUAUGAGUGUGUGUGUGUGUGUGAGUGGAUGUGUGUGUGAGUGACUCAGAUGUUUGUUGUUGCUAGCCAGUUUAACAGCUCUCCACUCAUUAUGUAACUCCCAUGCAGCCAUGUCCUUGAGCACGGGGGCUAAGGUUAAUUCACUAUGAAUACAGCACGCCAUUGAAUGUGAUGUUCCACAGAAGUUGGCCUGCUAGCCGUGGGGUCUGUACAUUCUGUAGGUUUGUGUGUACAACACGAGGAUGUCCAAUGUUCUACAGCAACCACUAACAUUUACUUGUAUUUGUAGGCCUAUUUCUGCUCUUAUAAAACCUCUUUCUGCUCUCUAAUAAAAACCUAUUUCUGCUCUAAUAAAACCUAUUUCUGCUCUCUAAUAAAAACCUAUUUCUGUGCUAAUAAAACCAAUUUUCUGCUCUAAUAAAACCUAUUUCUGCUCUGAAAAACCCAUUUCUGCUCUUAAAACCUCUUUCUGCUCUCUAAUAAAACAUAUUUCUGCUCUAAUAAAACCUAUUUCUGCUCUAAUAAAACCUAUUUCUGCUCUAAUUAAACCUCUUUCUGCUCUCUAAUAAAACCUAUUUCUGCUCUAAUAAAACCUAUUUCUGCUCUAAUAAAACCCAUUUCUGCUCUUAAAACCUCUUUCUGCUCUCUAAUAAAACAUAUUUCUGCUCUAAUAAAACCUCUUUCUGCUCUCUAAUAAAACCAAUUUUCUGCUCUAAUAAAACCUAUUUCUGCUCUGAAAAACCCAUUUCUGCUCUUAAAACCUCUUUCUGCUCUCUAAUAAAACAUAUUUCUGCUCUAAUAAAACCUAUUUCUGCUCUAAUAAAACCUAUUUCUGCUCUAAUAAAACCUAUUUCUGCUCUAAUAAAACCUCUUUCUGCUCUAAUAAAACCUAUUUCUGCUCUAAUUAAACCUCUUUCUGCUCUAAUAAAACCUAUUUCUGCUCUAAUAAAACCUCUUUCUGCUCUAAUAAAACCUCUUUAUGCCCUCUAAUUAAACCUAUUUCUGCUCUCUAAUAAAACCUAUUUCUGCUCUAAUAAAACCUCUUUCUGCUCUAAUAAAACCUCUUUAUGCCCUCUAAUUAAACCUAUUUCUGCUCUCUAAAUAAACCUCUUUGAAACACAUUAACCUUGGCAGAGUGCAUCCUGUUCUUCCCAUGUCAUGGACGUGAUAAAUGAGGACAUUCAUAUUCAAGUAUUGAGGAGGGGCUUUGUAGUGACUGGCAGUCCUAUGUGAAAAAUGACUAUUCUUUAUCAAAACGAUGUAGUAUUUUUAAUCUGUUUUGCCCAUUAUUAAAAGAGUUCUCUACAGUGCAUGUUUAACAUAUUCAUGUACAGUAAGCUAAAUGUGCUGAUGCCAUGUUGAUUCGGUGCGCGUUCCAAAUGGCACCAGGGCUCUGGUCAAAAGUAGUGAACUAUAUAGGGGAAUAGGGUGUCAUAGGGCUCUGGUCUAAAGUAGUGAACUAUAUAGGGGAAUAGGGUGUCAUAGGGCUCUGGUCUAAAGUAGUGAACUAUAUAGGGGAAUAGGGUGUCAUAGGGCUCUGGUCUAAAGUAGUGAACUAUAUAGGGGAAUAGGGUGUCAUAGGGCUCUGGUCUAAAGUAGUGAACUAUAUAGGGGAAUAGGGUGCCAUUUGGAACUCAUUCAUAGUUUACCAAUCUGGGUUUGUUGCUUUUUCAUGUUUAAUACUAUCAAUGAUGUGUUCAAAUGAGUCCCGGCACUCAGAAAAUAUAAACUCUCAGAGAACAUGUCAUCAUAACUGGGACGUUUGAAAAUGAGUGCCAAAAUCCACAGCCGAUCAUUUCAUUACUUAGCGGCAAAAAAAAGUCUCAAUUAUUAAAUUAAUUACUAUUAUUAAAUUAAUUAUUUCAUACCUGUGCAGCUGUGCAGAGCACCAAUUACAUUUAUCUGAAGUUAAGAAGUAUUCCAUUUUAAAAUGUAAUGUGUGAUAUAUACUGUGCUUGACAGAUAUCUAUAAACCAACUGUUUGUGUCCCCCUUGGCCUCUGGUCUGGAGGCAACGAUCACAUCAUUUCUGUCACGUUCAGUCUGUCGGUCGGUCAGUCUGACGCCAGUAUACUACCUCAUAUAGCUCUUCUCUUCAGUGUGUCCUGUAGGCUAACGUCUUCAGUGUGUCCUGUAGGCUAACGUCUUCAGUGUGUCCUGUUGGGUACCGUCUUCAGUGUGUCCUGUAGGCUAACGUCUUCAGUGUGUCCUGUUGGGUACCGUCUUCAGUGUGUCCUGUAGGCUAACGUCUUCAGUGUGUCCUGUUGGGUACCGUCUUCAGUGUGUCCUGUAGGCUAACGUCUUCAGUGUGUCCUGUUGGCUAACGUCUUCAGUGUGUCCUGUAGGCUAACGUCUUCAGUGUGUCCUGUUGGCUAACGUCUUCAGUGUGUCCUGUAGGGUAACGCCUUCAGUGUGUCCUGUUGGGUACCGUCUUCAGUGUGUCCUGUAGGGUAACGUCUUCAGUGUGUCCUGUAGGGUAACGUCUUCAGUGUGUCCUGUUGGGUACCGUCUUCAGUGUGUCCUGUUGGCUAACGUCUUCAGUGUGUCCUGUAGGGUAACGUCUUCAGUGUGUCCUGUAGGCUAACGUCUUCAGUGUGUCCUGUAGGCUAACGUCUUCAGUGUGUCCUGUAGGGUAACGUCUUCAGUGUGUCCUGUAGGGUAACGUCUUCAGUGUGUCCUGUAGGGUAACUUCUUCAGUGUGUCCUGUUGGGUACCGUCUUCAGAGUGUCCUGUUGGGUACCGUCUUCAGUGUGUCCUGUAGGGUAACGUCUUCAGUGUGUCCUGUUGGGUAACGUCUUCAGUGUGUCCUGUUGGGUACCGUCUUCAGUGUGUCCUGUAGGGUACCGUCUUCAGUGUGUCCUGUAGGGUAAUGUCUUCAGUGUGUCCUGUUGGGUAACGUCUUCAGUGUGUCCUGUAGGCUAACGUCUUCAGUGUGUCCUGUAGGGUAACUUCUUCAGUGUGUCCUGUUGGGUACCGUCUUCAGUGUGUCCUGUAGGGUAACUUCUUCAGUGUGUCCUGUUGGGUAACGUCUUCAGUGUGUCCUGUAGGCUAACGUCUUCAGUGUGUCCUGUAGGGUAACUUCUUCAGUGUGUCCUGUUGGGUACCGUCUUCAGUGUGUCCUGUUGGGUACCGUCUUCAGUGUGUCCUGUAGGCUAACGUCUUCAGUGUGUCCUGUAGGGUAACGUCUUCAGUGUGUCCUGUUGGGUAACGUCUUCAGUGUGUCCUGUAGGCUAACGUCUUCAGUGUGUCCUGUAGGGUAACUUCUUCAGUGUGUCCUGUUGGGUACCGUCUUCAGUGUGUCCUGUAGGGUAACGUCUUCAGUGUGUCCUGUUGGGUAACGUCUUCAGUGUGUCCUGUAGGCUAACGUCUUCAGUGUGUCCUGUAGGCUAACGUCUUCAGUGUGUCCUGUUGGGUACCGUCUUCAGUGUGUCCUGUAGGCUAACGUCUUCAGCAGCCAGCUCUAGGCUGUGUGUUGUUCCCUCCUCCCUGGAAGAGGCCUCCUGGGCUGUGUGUGUGUGUGUGUGUGUGUGUGUGUGUGUGUGUGUGCAUGUGCCUGCCUGCCUGCCUGUGUAUGUUUGCCUUCCUGUGUGUGUGUGUGUGUGUGUGCGUGUGUGUGCGUGUGCCUGCCUGCCUGUGUAUGUUUGCCUUCCUGCGGGUGUGCGCGCGCGUGUGUGUGUGUGUGUGUGCGCGCGCGUGCGUGCGUGCGCGUGUGCGUGUGCCUGCCUGCCUGUGUAUGUUUGCCUUCCUGCGGGUGUGCGUGCCUGUGUGUCGGAGAUGCCUGUUAGUGAUGACUCAUACGUACAACAUCUCUCCUAAUGUGCAUGUCAUGCAUCCUCCAUUUCACAAACCCCCCCUCCUCCUCCUGCAGAGAUUGGGAUUACAGGGAAGGGAACUAGGGCACGGAAGAGAGAAGGGUAGCUAGGAAGAUAAUCCCUAGCACAGGACUCAUUACUUGCUGUAGGUCUGGGCACCAGUGUAUGCCACUGGAUAAUGUGGAUUUAUAUCUGUGACAGCUGAGCAGGCUCUUGCAGCAGAGGUAGCAGAGUUUGCAGGCGGGGGUGGGGGGGAAUCAGCAUUACUCUGUUAUAUUGGUAAUGAAAAUAGCGCUCUCUAUAUUUCCCUCUUUCCCAUCUCUUUCCAUCUCUCUCUCUUCCGGCCCGCGUCACACUCUACCCAAAGUGAAGCCAUUAAGGCCUGGGGGCCAUCUGUUAAGGCAGCCCCUUGUAUUUAUCCCCAGCGUAAGUGCAAGUGUGUUUGAAAAAUAAUUUCCUCUGUCGUAACCAUGUAAUCUUUUUUACCACUCCGUUAUACAUGUCAGGGCCACCGGAGACCAGCUAGUUCAUGUAUUUCAGCAAAGUGCUUUGACUUGCUUGUAUGCUUAAGCUAGCGAUGAACGGCAUAGAGGCCAUUGUGAUGGCUGUUGUUGAAGACGUAAUAAGACAAAGACCUGGGCUAACUUUGGAAACUUGGAAGAAGACCUCGGUUGACUCCACUGCAACUUCUCAGAAAGCCCCUGAAGGACCUACAGCUCACUUUAAAAGCCUACCUUAGUGAAACUAUUGAUAUAUAGUAUACUGUGUAGCUCUGAUUUGGAGGCUUCAAUUUAGUUCAAUGCUACUGUACAAUGUCCAUCUGAAAUAUUUCAGGCUUUAGUUCACCAGAAACAUCGGAAAGGCGGCAACCUUUUGAAAAAGCCAAAAGGGCAGAAACAUCGAAAAGGUAUCUAAUGAUAAUAGCCGCAAGAUUGAUUUCUAUGACAUCACACUACAUAUACGCCACCAUAAAGUUAACCAUUGGUCGGUUUCUAUCGAAGACCAGGUGUAUAAGGAAUCAUUCACUGAUUUGUACCUGACAAAAAACGGGGACCCGCACCCAAUGUAGAGACCACAGCCCCACGCCCAGGUAAUUGAAUGCUCUCAGGUAAUAUAGUUGAACCCAGUUAACUCUCGUCUCGCCAUAACAGUGUGGGUGCAGCAGCAGCCAGUCUGUCUUUUUUCACUGCAAGGGUUUAAUCGAGUUUAUUGGCCAGGCGUGUUUCAACAAAGUGCUGGAUCAACAGGUGGGCUCCCGAGCUAGCCGGAUCACAGAGGGCCUGGUUGGCUUUGUCGGAGGAUCUCAACUUAAUCAGACUGGGAGCUGGCCAAAAGGGGGGGACACUCCGCUGUCUGGAAAGUUCAAUGCCCAUACUUGUCACCUUUUCACCCACUUUAAGUUUUCGCGGGCAGUGGCAAUAACAGGGAAAGGGAAAUGGCGUAAUUUGCUCUGGAGCACUGGUCUGGUUCUUAAGUCAAGGACGUGCCACAGACUGGACAGAAACAGGCUGUUAGCACUGGGAUUAUUGUGCUUUGCAGACCCGGGUUUCCAGCGCACAAUGACUGUGUUAGCCCACCGAGCCAAAGGCCAGUCAUUGCAAAGAAAUGUCUUACAAUUGUACAGUUGUAAGACAUUUCUGUUACAACCUCGGACAACAUUUUCCCGGGAUGUCCAAUUCCUCAUUCAACCUCUGGCGAAAUCCCCUCACAAUGAUCUCAAACUGUGGUCCUAAUACACAAUGAAAUUAAACACAGACUAACCCUUGCUAAUCAGGAAAUAUUUGGGUAUGUUGUGGUGGACUGUAAUUACAAUUGCUUCAUGGGAACCUGGUAAAAUUAUGUUUGUAGUGUAGCUAGCUACUGAAUGGCUCUGAAUUCACUGUCAGCAUGCAGUCAAAGCUAUAACCACUUUUGGAGCUAACUAGCGCUCUCAAAUCGUAUCCAGAUGUCGACAGCAGAUGGGAGUUGUAUUCAUAACAUUGCUAAGUUAGCUGGCUAACAUACAUUUUGAGAAAACAAGUUAUAUUAAGUGGCUAGCUAGCUAGUGUUAGCAACGUUUGGUGGUCAAUGAGACUGAGAGCUAUCUAACCAGUUGAGCUAGCAAACAAUGUAACAAAAGUAUAAUUUCAGAUUCAAAAAAUGCGUAAUCAACAGACUCUGCAUUUCUUGAAUCACAGUAGCACGUACUCCUGGUGCACUGUUAAAUUAUUUAGCCAUUUAAACAUAUAUAUUUUUUAAAGAAAACGCUCUGUUUUUGCCAUAGCUCUCACUGGAUUUCAUGCGAUUUAAAACGUGAGCUUGUCCGAGGAGUCGCUCAACGACAGUUGCUAUCCCAUUGGGGCCGGGUUAAGCGAAGGGUCAAUUGAAAGGGAACAGUUUAGAGAUUAUGGGAAAAUUAUUAGACCAAAGGUGAGGACACAACACAUCACGUGACACAAGACUGAAUCCAAACAUUACCCUGUUCUAUUGUCAACAUGACUAGCUAAAUUAUAAAAUACGAUAUCACAAUGCAAUUCAGGGAAACACGUCAUAAUUCUGGUGCGCAUAGAAAGGAGUCAUGAGUGCAUUCAGGUAUGUGUGCCGCGGCAAAUUUUCUUUACGAUAGGCAAACAUAAACUCAUUCUGUUCAGCCAAGGGUAUGACACCAUGUUAUCUGGUAACUGUACAUCAAACAUAGUGAUCAUAAACGUUGACACUAUAUAUGACAUUAGUUUUAUGAUAUGGAAAUAUUUGGCUUGCUUGUAUGACAUCAAAGCGGUAUUUAUUAUAAUACUCAAUGUCUCAUCUUUCAAAAUACAGAGUCCUCAAAAUUUACACCAUUUGCCUCACUCAGAAAACAAAAAGUUACCCAAUUAGAGGGAGGGAUGGGGGAAACUUCUUGAAGCGCGAGGUGCUCAAGGUCAGAACCGUUGUUAGUCAAAACCAAUGCAGCGCUGUGAAGCACAGAGCCUGAACUCUGAACUCAUGUACAGCAUGUUACUGUACAGCCGCUGUGUUCCAAUUUGGGCAUUUAUCAGUGGCCGAAUCUGCCAUUUUCAACCCGUAUACAGGUACGAGUGUAAAGGGCUACAGCGUUGGUACAGUAUCACGUUAUCGGUAGGUUAAAAAGUUGGUUUGGAGUGUAUGUUAAGAUAAAAGUUGUCAGUCAUAUUGUGAGAAUUAUAUAAUGACGGGUCUAUACUUAAUAAAAGCAUAGGCUGUGUAGAGGCACAGUGCUACAGUAGUUUUCCCAAGAUUCAUGAAUGAAGUGACUCGAAAUUCUGAUGAUUAUUAAUGCAUGACACUGAUGAUUAUUAAUGCUGCUAUUUAAAACAUAAUAAAGAGAUAAUUGCAGUCGUACUCGGACAUUUCAAGACCCUCUGCAUAUCCCUCCCCUUCACACAAGUGCAAAAUCAUUAAACAUACAAAAAGAAAAACCCUCAACCAGCGAAGAUCCAUCUGCCUCUGAAAAGCCCCAAUUAUUGUUAGUUUAGGCAUUUAAUCUAUAGCCCGCUAUUUAUUUAUUCCCCCUGGUUAUAAGAUAUUAAAUGGGCUCUGAAGCAUAUUGAUGUAAGCUGCUCUACCAUAACAUCAUAGCCUCUUAAAAAUACCAGUUGGGAGGCAAGAAGAAGUGGAGAGAAAGCAUUAUAUCAAAUGUAAAUAAUGAUAUCUAUAAGAUUAAUGACAAAUUCCUAGUCAAGCCCCCUGACUAUGAGGUGGAACAUCCUAGUCAAGACCCUUUACUAUGAGGUGAUAAUUUCUAGUCAAGCCACCUGUCUAUGAGGUGAUAAAUCCUAGUUAAGCCCCCAGACUAUGAGGUGAUAAAUCCUAGUCAAGUCCCCUGACUAUGCGGUGAUAAAUCAUAGUCAAGCCCCCUGACUAUGAGGUGAUAAAUCCUAGUCAAGCCCCCUGACUAUGAGGCGAUGAAUCCUAGUCAAGCCCCCUGACUAUGAGGCGAUGAAUCCUAGUCAAGUCCCCUGACUAUGCGGUGAUAAAUCAUAGUCAAGCCCCCUGACUAUGAGGCGAUGAAUCCUAGUCAAGCCCCCUGACUAUGAGGGGAUGAAUCCUAGUCAAGCCCCCUGACUAUGAGGCAAUUAAUCCUAGUCAAGCCCCCUGACUAUGAGGUGAUAAAUCUUAGUCAAGCCCCCAGUCUGUAGCUAGGUUUCCAUCCAACUCAAAAAAUUGACCAAGAAAAAAACAUAUAAAAUAAUGUAUCUUUCGUCUUUGUGUGUCAUAAUGUUCCUUCAAUUCGCAAGAGGCUAAACGUAUCUCACCGGAGAAAGCAUCCGAGCGAGCGAAACAGCGCCCCCUCUGUCUCUGUAUGUGUAGGCCAUCUAUCUGAUGCUGUCUGGCCAAAAAGAGGAUGACAUUGUUGCCGCCCGUAGCAUUGAAUGCAAGUUAAGCCAGCGAGCAUUUGGCCUACCUUAAUAUAAAAUAAUAGCCAAUCAGCGUUGAGCUAAACUGAGUGAGCUCAACUGUGAAUGGUCCUGGCGCACCAAAGAAAAGAGUCAAGGGAAACCGGUUUGGAUUUGGCAUCACUCCUAUCAAAUCGCAUUGAGAACAUACGUCAUUGACAGAAACAACUUGAAUUGUUGCAUCUCGUUGUGUUGUUGUCCUCCGGUGGCUAGCUAGCGAGCUAAAAUUGUCCCUUUCCUAAAUUAGCCAUGGAUGGAGAUAGGGAUUUGGACUUGUGGUUUUACUUAAUUCUCCGUACUGGCCAAUGAUUAUAACGGUGAUUCUGAUCCAACCAUUAAUUCAUACUUUGUUGUGCCCCUGGCCUGAGAGGAUGGGAGUUAAAUAUGUAGCUAGAUGUAGAAGGCUAAUGUUAACUAGCUGGCUCAUCGUUGCCCAUGAAAGGAAGUUAGGCUAGAGAGCAAGCAUAAAAGCGUGUACUGUAUGACAGAGUGAUAGACCAUUUCGUCAACAUUAAAACCUCUUAAGGAUCAAACCCUUUUUUUUUCCAUUUUCGCCUAAAAUACAUACCCAAAUCUAACUGCCUGUAGCUCAGGACCUGAAGCAAGGAUAUGCAUAUUCUUGAUACCAUUUGAAAGGAAACACUUUGAAGUUUGUGGAAAUGUGAAAUUAAUGUAGGAGAAUAUAACACAUUAGAUCUUGUAAAAGAUAAUAAAUAAAAAUAAAAUUUGUUUUCUAUUUUUUGUUGUUCCAUUAUCUUUGAAAUGCAAGAGAAAGGCCACAAUAUAAUAUUGCAGUUUAGGCGCAAUUUAGUUUUUGCCACUAGAUGGCAGCAGUGUGUGUGCAAAGUUUCAGAUUGAUCCAGUGAAGCAUUGCAAUACUGGACUAUUUUGUAUGAAGUCUGCCCAAAUGUGCCGAAUUGGUCAAUUGAUACAUUUUCAAGUACAUAACUAUAGAGAACAUACAAAAAUUAUAUGGUUAUACAAAAUGUAAGUUUACACACUCCCAGGAAUGUCAUACAUGAUGGAUCAUUAGCUUAUACACUAACUUUCACACAUCUAGAUGGCCGGGCGGGGUGGGGGUGGAGCCAGAGACAGCAUGGGUUCAAACUGUAGAACCCAGUUCCUACAUUUCAAUAUAAAGCUCAACCGUCCCGUAUACGGGACACCAAUCCCGUAGAGGUUAAAGAGAGGAGGAUGGCAUUGGCGUUUCCCUACAACUAGGGUGAGUCAACAUGACAGCCACAUCAUAUUUAGCUUACAUUGAUUGGACUAAAUAACUUUUGGUAUCUUUUAGUUGUCACUGUAUUAGACUAAGCAUAGGAGAUUUGAUGAUGUUGAACUGGUGCUGGAAUAGUGGAGGCAGCUCCUGUUUUCUUUGUGAUUUGCGGUAACUCUUCGUGGUUUUAAAUCAAUCGUAGGUUAGUGGUCCAAAAAUGUCGGAAACAUUAACUUACUUGACCAUGCUGUUGGUCAUGUAACUGUUUGUUACGUGCAUUGUGGACUUCACCGGACAGAGGUUGCUCCCCGGUUUUGUGAUGAAACAAAGGUAUGGUUGAAUUUAUUCUGCCACUGUGUCUUCUUAUUGUCUCGGGCCUUUAGGCCUAUAUAUCGCGGUGUCAAGGCAUAUGAACUAACAGGUUAUAGAGUAAACAACGCAAUUAUCACAACACAUAGGUUGUAAUAUGGCUUAUUUUUUUCUGGCUUCCUCAGAAUUUUACCCACGCACCGCUACUGCUCUAUCGAUAGGUUUGUCACAAAAACUGUUGCUUUGAAUAGCAAAUAUGCCUACUCUGGUCUUGGCACAUGCACGCUAGCCAACAACCGAUACAGUGCGGGUAGGCUAGUCUACAUGAUGAGAUUAUUAUGGAUAAGAGCGAUAAUAUUUGUAUUUGUUAAAUAGCAGUCAUGCAUCGAUCAUCAUGUCACCAGAAUAAGGCCCUCGAUAUUUAUUGGAAAGUAGCAUCAAGCUCAUCACCGUGCACUUUCACCACCCUGUGAAGUUCAUCAGUUAGUUCAUCUGUAGCCUAAUAAACUACAUGCUUUCCAGAGUUGUAGUGGGAGGACCACACACCAUAUCAUCGCGUGACUCCAAGUUUACUUAGAUAUGAUGGUUAUUGUAUGAAUAUUUGUGCAUAAAGGUGUUUCCACUGCCAUUUCUUGCAUAAUUAAUUUUACCGACACAAACCGAUCCCACCAUGUCGAACAAACAAAUUAUCUGUUGGCAUUUAUAAAAUUGUACCCAAAACUUCCUGUUUCCAUCACAGCUGUCGUUAUUUAAUUUUUUUUAAUACCGUAUGACUUUGCUCGCAUAACAACUGUGGAUGGAAACGUGGUUUCUGAGGUGAUAAAUGUGGUCCUUGUGAUCAGCACUGGGAAACUGGAGGGUAAUCUAUGGAGGAUGGCUAUUCCUCUCUAAAGGCUUCUAUGACCAAGGCUCUGUGUGUUUAAUCCUGGCCUGUUCGUUAAGUAUGGCAUUAAAGCUGGCUCCCAGCCUAAUUAGCGAAGCGCUAAUUUAUCCCCACCAGUAUUCAUUUAUGAAAAAGAGAGAAUACAUUUGGAGAGAGAGAAAAAAAAAUAAAUGACGACACUGAAAUUGUGAAAGUGCUAUCAUCAACCAGUCAUGCAAUGCCAGUAGACUGAGAAAUCCCCAGUAGAGACAAACAUGAAAUGUGGCACGGAUGGAGCUAUUCACACUACAGCUUUGCUGCCAUUUUCCACAUUGAAAGAGAUUGUCAUCAUGAAUAUUUUUUUCGAAAAACUCAGUCACAAGUACCAUUGCAUAGAAAUAGAGUUAAAGACGGUUCAAUUAUAGUGUCAACAGUGCUUUUUGGGGUUCGCAGAAUGGUUUUGUAGUGGCUUGCCGAAACAUCCCAGGAACAUUUUAGGCACUUGCAUAAAACCUUACAUGAACUUGCUCUUAUAGGCUUGCAUGUGUAAGAGCGUCUGCUAAAUGACGUAAAUGUAAAUGUGUAGUUAAAAUGAAACGACCCUGGUAACAACAUCGCAUAAUAAUGUUCAGUGGAACAAUGGAACAUUUUCUGUGAGUGUUUACGAUACAAUACAAUGUACUUCAUUGUCCAUUUACAUGGAAAUUCAUUUCGUGACAUCAGCAUACAAAUACACAAACACAACACAGUAUAUUGCAUGCAGUACGGAAAACUGGAAAGUACACAAGUCAUAAAUUAACAUUUUCACAUUCAAAGCAUCUGCUGCCUACUGUCCCACUGUGUAUAGUGCCUACAUCUGUCCUAUGUCCCACUGUUGAGCAUCCUACAUCUGUCCUAUGUCCCACUGUUGAGCAUCCUACAUCUGUCCCAUGUCCCACUGUUCAGCAUCCUACAUCUGUCCUAUGUCCCACUGUUCAGCAUCCUACAUCUGUCCCAUGUCCCACUGUUCAGCAUCCAACAUCUGUCCCAUGGCCCACUAUUCAGCAUCCUACAUCUGUCCUAUGGCCCACUGUUCAGCAUCCUACAACUGUCCUAUGUCCCACUGUUCAGCAUCCUACAUCUGUCCUAUGUCCCACUGUUCAGCAUUCUACAUCUGUCCCAUGUCCCACUGUUCAGCAUUCUACAUCUGUCCUAUGUCCCACUGUUCAGCAUCCUACAUCUGUCCCAUGUCCCACUGUUCAGCAUCCUACAUCUGUCCUAUUGUAAAGGUACAAUCUGUAAUUUCAACAGCCUGAUCCUGACACUGUUUGGUAAGCUGAGGGACGGGGCUGAGCUAUGAAUAGGACUGUGGGCCAUAGGACAGAUUUCAAUGCUGAACAGUGGGCCAUAGGACAGAUGUAGUAUGCUGAACAGUGGGACAUAGGACAGAUUUCGGAUGCUGAACAGUGGGACAUAGGACAGAUGUAGGGUGCUGAACAGUGGGACAUAGGACAGAUGUAGGAUGCUGAACAGUGGGACAUAGGACAGAUUUCGGAUGCUGAACAGUGGGACAUAGGACAGAUUUCGGAUGCUGAACAGUGGGACAUAGGACAGCGGGACAUAGGACAGAUGUAGGAUGCUGAACAGUGGGACAUAGGACAGAUUUCGGAUGCUGAACAGUGGGCCAUGGGACAGAUGUAGGAUGCUGAACAGUUCAGCAUCCUACAUCUGUCCCAUGGCCCACUGUUCAGCAUCCUACAUCUGGCCCAUGUCCCACUGUUCAGCAUCCUACAUCUGUCCUAUGUCCCACUGUUCAUCAUCCUACAUCUGUCCCAUGUCCCACUAUUCAGCAUCCUACAUCUGUCCUAUGGCCCACUGUUCAGCAUCCUACAUCUUGUAGAUGGCCCACUGUUCAGCAUCCUACAUCUGUCCUAUGUCCCACUGUUCAGCAUUCUACAUAUGUCCUAUGUCCCACUGUUCAGCAUCCUACAUCUGUCCCAUGGCCCACUGUUCAGCAUUCUACGUCUGUUCCAUGUCCCACUGUUCAGCAUCCUACGUCUGUCCCAUGGCCCACUGUUCAGCAUCCUACAUCUGUCCCAUGGCCCACUGUUCAGCAUCCUAUAUCUGUCCUAUGGCCCACUGUUCAGCAUCCUACAUCUGUCCUAUGUCCCACUGUUCAGCAUCCUACAGCUGUCCUAUGUCCCACUGUUUAGCAAUCUACAACUGUCCCAUGGCCCACUGUUCAGCAUCCUACAGCUGUCCUAUGUCCCACUGUUUAGCAAUCUACAACUGUCCCAUGUCCCACUGUUCAGCAUCCUACAUCUGUCCUAUGUCCCACUGUUCAUCAUCCUACAUCUGUCCCAUGUCCCACUAUUCAGCAUCCUACAUCUGUCCUAUGGCCCACUGUUCAGCAUCCAACAUCUGUCCCAUGUCCCACUAUUCAGCAUCCUACAUCUGUCCUAUGGCCCACUGUUCAGCAUCCUACAUCUGUCCCAUGGCCCACUAUUCAGCAUCCUACAUCUGUCCUAUGGCCCACUGUUCAGCAUCCUACAACUGUCCCAUGUCCCACUGUUCAGCAUCCUACAUCUGUCCUAUGUCCCACUGUUCAUCAUCCUACAUCUGUCCCAUGUCCCACUAUUCAGUAUUCUACAUCUGUCCUAUGGCCCACUGUUCAGCAUCCUACAUCUGUCCUAUGGCCCACUGUUCAUCAUCCUACAUCUGUCCCAUGUCCCACUGUUCAGCAUCCUACAUCUGUCCUAUGUCCCACUGUUCAGCAUUCUACAUCUGUCCUAUGUCCCACUGUUCAGCAUUCUACAUCUGUCCUAUGUCCCACUGUUCAGCAUCCUACAUCUGUCCCAUGGCCCACUGUUCAGCAUUCUACGUCUGUUCCAUGUCCCACUGUUCAGCAUCCUAUGUCUGUCCCAUGGCCCACUGUUCAGCAUCCUACAUCUGUCCCAUGGCCCACUGUUCAGCAUCCUAUAUCUGUCCUAUGGCCCACUGUUCAGCAUCCUACAUCUGUCCUAUGUCCCACUGUUCAGCAUCCUACAGCUGUCCUAUGUCCCACUGUUUAGCAAUCUACAACUGUCCUAUGGCCCACUGUUCAGCAUCCUACAUCUGUCCCAUGGCCCACUGUUCAGCAUCCUACAUAUGUCCUAUGUCCCACUGUUCAGCAUCCUACAUCUGUCCUAUGGCCCACUGUUCAGCAUUGAAAUCUGUCCUAUGGCCCACAGUCCUAUCCAUAGCUCAGCCCCGUCCCUCAGCUUACCAAACAGUGUCAGGAUCAGGCUGUUGAAAUUACAGAUUGUACCUUUAAGGUUAUCUUUUUCCUUAACUUUUGUUUAGGCCUUUUUGUUCUACUUCGCAUGUUUCAAUCCCUGCAGUAAAUAAUAACAGGUACGAACCUUACGUCAGUAAUGAAUACACUGUUACACAAAAGGGUUUCAAAAGGGUUCUUCGGCUGUCCACAUAGGAUAAUCCUUUUUGGUUCCAGGUAGAACCCUCUGUGGAAAGGUUUCUACAUGGAACCCAAAGGGGUUCUACCUGGAACCAAAAUAGUUCUAUUUAGUACCAAAAAAGGGCUUGUCAGAGGAGAGUAUUUCACUACUUUACAAUCAAAAGGGAUUGCUGCUCCAAAAUUCCAAGUGUAUUGUAUGUGACUAGAACGUUUGAAGUUAGUUCAUUUGGGUGUAGUAAUAUUAGCUUGCAGACGGUUGCUUAAGUGGGGCUUGCCUCCAGCCUCGUUGCAGAAAGUGGUGGUUAGGUGCUAGCUAGCUGGGCUGUAGCAUGCUAACAGGGUUCCUACCACUUCCACAGUUUUGCAAUCUACUAUGCUGUUGCUAAGCUGUAAACCAACCUCUUGGGUCACUGACCUUCGGGCUCUACAGACUACAUUCUAGGUAUCCAUAAGAUGAAGUAUAUUUGCAAUUCUGGAGACAUUUUCCUUUAAGUGUUUCUGAAGUAUUAUCUCGUAUGGUGCUACUCAGAAAUUCUGUGAAUCAUGCUCGUUUUUCUCAGAGCAGAAGACGGUCCCUACGGAUUCACCCAGACAUUCUGUGUAUUCAAGCAGCAAGCUCAGUCGAGUUAAUAGAGGACAGUUCCUCUGAGAGUUCUCAAAAUUAGACAUGAAACAGGAAAGGUAUCUCAGAGGCCCUCAAAAUAUCUCCUACUAAAAAGCCUUGCAUACAACAACAAUACAACAACAAUUCCAAGUGCUUUUGUGCAAAGCCAGUCAGUCAAUGGUUGUUAAGCUGCAGACUAGAAGCUCUAGUAUCCUAGACGUGUGACUUCUGAGUUCUCAUGUUAGCCUGAAGCCUGUUUUGCCCACAUGCUGUAGUCCGACUCCCGCGGCGUAACUGAGUUUGCCAGGUGUGCACCAAAGAGCGACAGGAACGUUUUAGCGCUGUGUUUAGAUCACUUUCCACUGAAGUCGUAGCGGAUAAUUGAUAAAGCCACGUCUAGUGGCAUCUCAUUACUGGUGCAUUAGGGGUAAUUACUGCGGUAGAUAAUCUAAAGGCUGGAUAGCGAAUAAGGGAACUUUUAAAGUCCUGUGAGUGGAGAACUUCUGGAUGCAAAUGAAUGGAUUAUGUUUGGGUUGACAUACGGAGCCAGGCUCAGAUGUUGCUUGUAUGGGAGGAGAGUUUUGCUGAACUCCAAAUAGCCUGCUAGCCCCCCUAUACCCCCGGACUCCCUAGGCACGCCUGUAGAUCUCAGAGGAGUUGAUAGGUGUAAACAAUAUGGGGAAGCAAUUACCAUAUUGCUUGCACCUACCAAAACCUUCUCAGAUAUCCAUAGGGGCUAGGGGUUAUUCUAGGACAAGUUCACUGCUGCUCUGUGCCUGACUGAUAUGGGCUAGGGGCUAGCGAUUGAUUUGGGAUUCAGCCUUUGCCUCCCUGCCUGCCUGACUGGCCUUCUGUCUUCCUCUCCAUAGAUCCGCCGGCGGUGGAGCCGCUGUUCACAGAGAUCCGCCAGGGUUUGGGUCGUGCCUUCACCCUCAACUGCCGCAUGCUGCGGGCCCACCCGUCCAAGGUGCUGAAAUACGAGUGGAAGCUGGGCACCCGGCUGCUGACCGUGGGCCAGUUGGACCAGAGCGACGAGACGGACUACCACGUCAGAGCCCUCAACAGGGAGGGCUACGGGGAGUACACCUGUGAAGUGACCAACGAGGCCGGGGCGGGCGCCUGCAGGUUCUUAGUCACAGGUAUGUACGACAGACGUUGUCGGCCGUUCCAGUUUCCGUACUUGCAAUUGCACUUAGUAUACACGUCCACUAGAUCGCUUCAUACUAAGUGGUCUGCUAGUGUUGAUAUUGGGACAGAGAAAAAUCUACAAAUACUGAUCCAUUUCUAAUUCUCCUCUCCUCUAUUGUCUCCAUACAUGUCCAAUGUCUUACCUCCAAGGACAAACAGACGUUCGUACACUCUACUGUAA